AUGGAGAGCGAGGAGGAGGACGACGGCACGUUCACCACAUCUUCUCUGACAGAUGAAGGAGCCCCACAGGGCUGUGUUCUUUCUCCCCUGCUCUUCUCCCUGUACACCAACCACUGCACCUCCAGCCACGACUCCGUGAAGCUGAUCAAGUUCGCGGACGACACCACCCUCAUUGGACUCAUCUCCAACAACGAUGAGUCCGCCUACAGGAGGGAGGUGGACCGGCUGGUGUCCUGGUGCAGUGGUAACAACCUGGAGCUGAACGCCCAGAAGACAGUGGAGAUGAUUGUGGACUUCAGGAAGAGCACUGUCCCCCCACCCCCACCCUCCGUGAUGGACUCCCCCAUCACCUCUGUGGAGUCCUUCCGUUUCCUGGGCACCACCAUCACCCAGGACCUCAAGUGGGAGCCGACCAUCAGCUCCCUCAUCAAGAAGGCCCAGCAGAGGAUGUACUUCCUGCGGCAGCUCAGGAAAGCCAAGCUGCCUGCACAGAUGUUGGUGCAGUUCUACACGGCCAUCAUCGAGUCCAUCCUCACCUCCUCCACGGAGAAAUCUCUUCAUUCGUGUGUGGACAGUGGACCUGCAGCCCUGUAUACUAAACCAGACACCGAGCUCUUCAUCAUGAACUGUGACAUAGAUGGAGAUCUGGAAAACCAGGCAGAGAUGGAGGAGAAGACCCGGUUAAUAAAUCAAGUUUUGGAACUGCAACACACGCUGGAAGAUCUAUCAGCGCGAGUCGAUGCAGUGAAGGAGGAAAACUUGAAGCUGAAGUCGGAAAACCAGGUGUUGGGGCAGUACAUCGAGAACCUGAUGUCGGCGUCCAGCGUUUUCCAAACCACCGACACGAAGAGCAAAAGGAAGUGA